GUGCGGCUAGUCGAAGUGAAAUAAUAGCAUUAAAUAAUCCUCUCUUUACUUGAAUAACCUGCUGGAAUCAUAUCAGAGUUGUACCAACGCUACGGUAGCGUCAGCUCAGAAUAAAAGUCAUAUGAGACUGCGGCGGCGACCCUGCUUUUUCACAACCAAACAAGCAGGGAAGCGUUUUGUUUGUAGCGGCAGCUGUUAGCAGGUAGCUAGUUAGCCAGAUAGCGCAGGGGAGUUAACGUUACCUUGUCAACUAGCGUCAACUGAAAGUGCUUUGCUCAUUAACAGCAAGAAAACACAAGCCGCACAGUUUCUUUCUACGACUUGAGCUGGAUAACCAACAGCAAUGUCGUUGUCGACUGAGGCUUAUUUUGGGAUGAGCCAAAGCAGCAGGGGUAAAGGAGACACUAUUUGUGUGGUGCCCGACUUCUCCCCUGAUCUCCUGGAAGACGACUUCGACCUGAAUAAGUCCUACCCAUGUACUCAGAGACCGCUGUACAAGAAGAACCUUUUGGCGUUGCAACGUCGUUAUUAUCCAGGUUCCUUGAGAGGUGAAUAUCUGGAUGAUUGCCCUUCUGUCGCAGCAAGAAACUACCAAAUCUCGAGCUUACAUCCCGGCUCUCAAGUUUCUGCUGUGUCUCUGCCACACCUGUCCAGUGUGUCAGAGACAGAGGAAAGGUUGUUCAGUCAGCUAUUCUCCAGAGAUUUUGACCUGUCGGGAUCUCCAUCUGCCCUCAACCCAAACAAAGUCAUUCUUACUGUCGACCAUAAAACCAUAGAGAUUUUGUCAGCGAAUGAACAGGCCUGCAAACUGUUUGAGUGCACCGCUGUUGAGCUGAUUGGCAAAAAGUUGUCCUGUAUCUUGAAGAAAACCAGUCAGGUGCUGGAAGAAGCACUGGAAGAAGAUUUUCCACUUGUGGAUGGAACUGUUGUAGCUGUGUCUGGAAAAGUGGUGGAUGUUGUGACAUCAUCCGGAGAUGUGCCAGUGUCAGUGUGUACCCACAGACUGUCACAAAGUGAAGAGCCCUGGCUUGUCAUAAUAGAAAAUGUGGAGAGGGUGUCAGCCUUUCUGUCCUUUUCACAAGAUGGCAGUAUCCGAACCUGUGACUUGGCAUUUGCCCAACUCCAUGGAUACCACCAUCCCGACGAGUUAAAAGGAGUGUCUGUUAAGGAGCUAAUCCCUUCUUUACAAAUCCCACUCCACAGUCAUGCAUUGCCCAAAAUGCUGAGGGUUCAGAGAGUGUGUGGUAAAAGCAGAAAUGGUGCAUCAGUCCCACUGUGUAUCAAACUUCAGGGAGCAGUGGUAUGUGGGAGGCCCCAACACCAAAACAGUGGGACUGAUUGCACCUGUCCAGUCGAGAGUCUUGAAAGAUCGGAUGCACAGGACAAGCAGCCAUGCUCUCCUCUCAUCUCCUCUGUGUGCAAGUCAGUAAAGACAAACCCUGAACACUGUGAACAACCUCAUGGAAAAGAAACAUCUGCUGGUCCUGCACUGGAGUACUCUGGAACAGUUUGGGUGUUUGCUCCUCUCAGUGGUCUCCUCCUGCUCCACGCUGAUGGCUCAAUCUACAGCAUCCACAACCACCUGGCUCUCAGUCUGUUUGGCUACAACAAGGACGAGCUGCUGAGAAAGAGUGUCACUUUUCUGAUGCCCGGUUUCUAUGGAUGGAUGUCUGACUCGGACAGAAAGGCCAGCUCUUUCUCUGAUUCUCAAGCAGAGGCUAGUAAACGUACAGCCUCAUCCAAAAUAUCAGGGAAAUUUGACCCCUCCUCACUGGUGGCUGGCGACAUGGCCAUGGUGCGUCAGGCCAUACAGGGAAGAACCUCCACAGGGAGAGGUAGGAUCUUCACGGGAACCAGCACCAGGCUGGAGAAACAGGCCAGUGCUUUGUCAACCCUUUCUCCUCCUGCUGUCACCUCCACACGGGUGGUUAUGGGUGAUGACACUGCAGAGCUGAUAGAGGAGGCAGCCCAGGUUGCUCCCUGCAGUAGCCAGUUAGACAGUGCAGAUACGACUCAGGCACUCCUCAAGACAUUUGCCUGGGUGGAACUUCCAGAAGAAGACACCUCCUCACUGGUUUCCACCGAACCCCCACACCAUUCCCAAGAACAGCAGCUGGGCCGUAAGGUUCAUGAAAAUCAUCAACCUCCCAUCAAGGUUAUCCCAGACACUCCCACUCAGAAUGGAAAUGCUGUUGGCAGGGUGGGUGGCACCUCCCCUGAUGUCGGCAAAGACCACCGCUCAUGCGCCUCUGUCAUCCAAAACUCCAGCUUUGAGGUCAUCUCACUGGAGAGCAGGUCUUCCUCUGGCUUCUGUGAAAAGUUUGCUGGCCAUGGUGCUUCUGAUCCAGGCCAAACAGAGGACUCUCCCUCAGCACACAUAGUGGACUCAGCCAGCUGUUUCCUGGACCUUAACAGCAAUGGGGAUCUGGUGACCCGGGCCCUGGCUGAUCUAGAUCUGAGCAGUAGUAUAGAGCUGAUCAGCAACAGAGGGUACAAUGACGAUAACCAACACUCCAUGACAUCCUGUGAUACGGCUGAGCUUCUGCGUACACCCUCCCCAUGCAUGGUAGGGUCUGACCAGGAAGCAGAGACUGGGAACGCUGGUGUAGAGCCCAGAGAAGGCUCAAGUGAAGAGCAAGUAGAAAAAGAUGAGGCCGAGCAGGAUCAGUGGGCAGCCAUCUCUUCGAUUCAUAAAGAAAAGAGCCAAGGGUUCUGCACACAAAUGAACGGUGGGAUUCAGUCAGCGACAGACAUUCCUGCCACAUCUACUCCUAAGAAACAGAAGGUGAAUGGACAAACACCCUCCUCAGACAGCACACAGAUACUGGAGGGGCGAUAUGAAAGAAGCGCAUACCACAGAGAUGGCACGAGAAUAGAUGUGCAGUGUGAUGUGCGCAGGACUAAUCUUGUUGAUGGAAGCUCCUUGUUCUGCGUGUGGAUGAGCAGGCCUGGCCAGCAGGGGACACUGUUGCAAACAGAUCGAUCUCUGUACGACCAAUCAGGAGCCAGUCUGGGAGAGAGGAUUGGUGAGGCCAGUCAUGGGGAAGCAUUACGCUCCACCAUGGACCUAGAGCAGUCUCGAGCCUGUGAUGGGCAGUUUGAAGAAGAGUACCAGCCUCUUAAAGCUGUGGGUAAAGGAGCCUUUGGUUUUGUCUGGAAGGCAAGAAGGCGCUGCGAUGGACAAGAAGUGGUAGUAAAGUUCAUUAGCAAGGCCAGGAUUGUGAGUGACUGCUGGGUAGAUGACCCCAUGCUCGGACGAGUCAGCCAAGAGAUUGCCAUACUGACAAGAGUACAGCACCACAACAUAGUUAAGGUACUGGAGGUGUUUGAGAAUGGGAGUUACUUCCAGAUGGUGAUGGAGAAACAUGGAGAUGGCUUGGAUCUUUUUGAAUUUAUAGACAUGCAGCCAAGGCUGGAUGAGCCCCUGGCCAGCUACAUCUUUAGACAGCUGGUGGCUGCUGUCUUCUAUCUAAGGACUAAGAACAUCCUUCACAGGGACAUAAAAGAUGAGAACAUUAUCAUCGACAAGUGUUUCCACAUUCGACUGAUAGACUUCGGCUCUGCUGCCAUGAUGGCUCCAAGAAAGCUCUUUUACAAUUUCUGUGGCACACUGGAGUACUGCUCCCCGGAGGUGCUGCAGGGAAAUCCCUAUGAGGGUCCAGAGCUGGAGAUGUGGUCUCUUGGUGUGUUGCUCUACACUCUGCUAUUCAGUGAGAAUCCUUUCUGUGGCGUGGGGGAGAUCCUGGAUGCCAAACUGAAGCCUCCGUUCCCCCUCUCUCGUGACCUGCAGGGUGUCUUAUGUGGACUGCUGCACCCUGAUCCUGCUCAGAGAAUGACUCUGGACCAGCUGCUGCUGCAGCCCUGGAUCAGCCAGCCCAUUUCCCUGGCAGAGUACAGCUGGGCAGAGGUGGUCCCUGCAACUCUGAGCUACUGCUCACCACAGUACCAGGAGUCCAGUCCUCAAGUGUUCGUCAGGCAAAGUUUGUUCCCGGAUCAACACGAUGAGACUCUUCCUGAUGAUGAGGAGGAGGAAGAAGAAGAUGAGGAUGAAAGGUUAUCAAUGGUGGCCUUGGAAACAGAGCUUCAGAAGUACCUCCGUGAGGAUUAAAGACUGAAUUUAAAGGGAGUGGAGCCCAACCAUCCGUCCAACAUUUAAUCUGCAGUAGUGCAAAAUGGGGCAAGUGCAAAAUAAGAAAUGGGAAACUUGUCUCAAUCCAAGCUAAUAAUCAAACACUACUCUGUCUACAGACAGCUUUACAUACAAAUUGAUCUUUGCCUUUAUAAAGUAUACACAUCUUGCCACCAAGUAUAAUGAUUAUCAUUGUCAAGAUGUUGUUUUUUUAUUUAAUCUAUAUAGUAUUUAUUCUUUUGCUUUAGGGAAAAGUUGAAGCGUUAAACACAAAAUAAUGGUUCAGACAUCCAGCUUUGCCACCAAAAACCACAACCUCAGAGAAUCCACAGACAGAUUUUAGUUUGAAGUUGAAUCAGUUUAUCCAGCUUUUGUGUAAUGGUCUUUCUUUUAUCUGUAUUAUUUUAAUCUUGAAGGUUUUAAUUAAAAUUUGUAAGUAUAGUUACAAUAUUUUAGCUAUUUAUUUUAAACAUUAAUAAAUAUUUUACCACAAGCAUCUCCUUUUUAAUAUUUUUCAGUGUGAUGAUUGAAGA